GUAUGAGACAGAGAAGAUACAGGGACAGGUAGACAUAGCUUUACCAGUGUACCAGACAGCUGCUGUUAUUGCUGCAUGCAAAGUAAUGAAGAUUAAGGUGGACAAGCGGCGCAUGUUUGAAACAAGUCGUAGCAAGCGAGCAGUCUAUGACAAAGUGGUUGAGGGCAUGACUAAAAUUGCUGAAUCUCUGCAUGCAGAAAAGGCAUCAAAAAGUGGUGGCACCAAGAGAGGCAAGACCCUAAUGGAUAUGGUCGAGGAGAACUUGCGGAAUGAAUCUCCAGAGAAAAAGUUGAAAGUGGAAGCAGAGGAAAAGGACGACAAUGCAAAUGACAAAGAAGCAGAUUUCGAGGAGUGGAAGAGAAAGAUCCUAGAAGCUGCAGCUGCUGCAGAAUAGCAAUAUAUAUGUAUGCAUAUAUAUGUAUAUUAUGGUUUUAGGUAUAUACAUUUUUUAUGUGUUUGAUAGAUGUUCCAUCAUGGUGUCUGUAUUGUUAUUGCUUGUAUGAUGGCUAUACCUUACUGCUUAUUUCAGAUUUUUUGUUUACAGAUAAAACUAUCUUUCUCAUUGUCAGAUUUUUCUUUUUAUUGUAGCCAUCUCUUUGUUAGGUCUUUUUAUGGUGAUAAGUGCAUCUUGUGCUACAUUGUGAUUGGUCAAAUCAGUCAUGCAAAAUGUAUGUAAUUAUGUAGGAAUACAUGCUUUUAUAUUUUUUAUAAAUAUGUCUUCUAAGUUAGGACAUACAAGAAUUUUCUUUUAUGUUUUAGUAUUUCUUGCAUUUGUAUAAACUUUUGUAGCUUUUUUCAUGUAUUGAUUUCUGGCAGAUGGCCAUAGCUACUUAUUCAAUUGACAUUAUAAUAUGAACAGUUGAAAUUUAGUUAGGCAUGAUUUUUUUCACUUUCUCAAAUCUAAUUUUAUACUAAUUGUCUUCCUGAAAGUUAACUGCACACAAAAGUUAUAUGUAUUUUUACUCUUUUUUUUACCUUUGACUUUGUAUUGCAAGAUAAAUACAUGAAAUUUUAGUA